AUGCCCUUCCCCCCACCCCCCACCCCAACCAUAGACUGGUCCAAUGUCGGCUUCAAAGUCCGCGACGUAAACGGCCACAUCGAAUCCCACUUCUCCCCCAGUACGAACCAAUGGAGUCCCCCAAAAUUCGUCCGCUCCCCCUACCUCCGCCUGCACGGCAUGUCCCCCGCCCUCAACUACGGCCAACAAGCCUACGAAGGCCUCAAAGCCUUCCGACACUCCACUGCCACCUCCGCCUCCCCCAAUGACACCCCCACUACGGAAGAAAAACCCAGCAAAAUCACCGUAUUCCGCCCCGACCUCAACGCAGCCCGCCUCGCCCACUCCGCGCAAUACGUCUCCAUCCCGCCCGUCCCAGCCUCCAUCUUCACCCAAGCCGUCCAACUCGCCGUCUCCACCAACGCAGAGUUCGUGCCCCCCGCAGGCACACUCAACUCCGCCCUGUACAUCCGCCCGCUCAUCUUCGGCAGCUCCGCCCAGCUGGGCCUCUCCCCGCCUGAAGAGUACACCUUCGCGGUAUUCGUCACUCCCACGGGUGUAUACCAUGGCGCGAAGGCCGUAGACGCGCUCAUCGUGGAGGACUUCGACCGGGCUGCGCCGCGGGGGACAGGGAGCGCCAAGGUGGGGGGCAACUAUGCGCCUGUGCUGAGGCAUAGUGGGCGGGCGGGCGCGGAGGGGUUCGGCAUCACGUUGCAUUUGGAUAGUGCUACUAGAGGCGAUGUAGAGGAGUUCUCGACGAGUGCGUUUGUGGGUGUGCUGAAAGAUGGGGAUGGGAAGGUGACGCUUGUGCGGCCGGACAGUACGAGUGUUAUUGAGAGUGUGACGGCGGCGAGUGUGUGUGAGAUUGGGGAGAAGUUGUUCGGGUAUCGGGUUGAGAAGAGGCGCGUGCCCUAUGAGGAGAUUGCGCUGUUUAAGGAGGUGUUCGCUGCGGGGACGGCUGCGGCGCUGGUGCCUGUUAGGAGUAUUACGGCGAGGGAGAGGGGGGAUAAGUGGGAGUUUGAGUGUGGGGGGGAGGGUGAGGGGGGUGAGGUUUGCGUUAAGUUGUUGCAGGCGUUGAAAGGCAUUCAGGCCGGGACGGUGGAGGAUCCGUUUGGGUGGAAUGUGGAGGUUGGGGCGCCGCCUGAGGGGUAUAAGGAUGGGGAGGAAGAUGACUGA